AUGUGGAGACCUGGAGCUUUGUGUCUCGCUUCGUGGAUCACAGGAACUGGAGUUCUGUGUUUAACCUUCUUCCAGUUAGCAGACUCUGAGUCGGACUGUGAGCUCGGCGAGAGGUGCAUUGGGCAGAGCGAUGAAAACUUGAGCAGCUGGUAUGUGUGGUUCCUGAUGUUGUUUUUCCUGGCCUUGCUCCUAUCCUGUGGGAUCUGCUGCUGCCUGCAGUACUGGCUGAAACGGCGGAGCUGCCUCCUCCACCGACGCACCCUGGCCAUCUUUGCCCUCAGCAGCUCGGACGCCUUUUGCGCGAGUGAAGCACCUCAGUGCCCAUUCUCCAGCCCCUGCAUGACUGCGGAGAUGUCCUCUUCUCCUGCCCCACGGUUCAGCCUUGGGGGAACUGAGUUGCCUCCAUCCUAUGAGGAUAUUAUGAAGGAAAACAACCUCUAG